AUGGCAGAUUAUCCCAGUGCGACAUCACAGCUGAAUGAAAUAACCGUGACACCAGGCAAAGUCCUUCACGAGUUAGCUACCCUGAAUGGGUUCAAGGGAGCGGGACAGGAUGGCAUCCAUCCCGCUAUUGUUAAACCUCUAGCGGAGAUGCUCCAAGAGACUCUGUCAAAGUUGUUUGAGGCAUCUCUAGAUAAAGGUGAGAUACCAGGAGAUUAG